AAAAUUUUAUUCUUUCUUUCUGUCAUUUACAAUAACACACGUGUGUUCUGUGUUUAAUUUUUUAGUUGAAUUUUAUUUAAUUUUAAAUAAAAUUCGCUAAAAAAUGCGUAUCGAAACGUGUUAUUUUUGUUCCAGCAAAAUCUAUCCUGGACAUGGAAUACAAUUUGUGAGAAAUGACUGCAAAAUAUUUAAAUUUUGCCGUGGAAAAUGCCACAAAGCCUUCAAAAGGAGGAAGAACCCACGUAAGGUACGCUGGACAAAGGCCUUCCGCAAAGCGUCAGGAAAAGAAUUGGCCAUUGAUCCCAGUUUCGAAUUCGAGAAACGACGCAAUGUUCCCGUUAAGUAUAGCCGUGAAACCUGGAACAAAACUCUGGACGCAAUCAAGAAGGUUGUUGAAAUCAAAGAAAAACGCCAAGGACAGUUCGUUAUGGAGCGUCUGCGUAAGGGACGUGAAGUUGAAAUACAAAUGGAUGUUAAGAACGUGCAGCAAAAUAUCUCACUUAUUCGAUCACCUGCUGCUGGUUUGAAGGAGCGUCGUGCUAAGGAGGAAGCUCAAGCUGCAGCAAUGAUGGAUGAGGAAGAUGAAGAAAACAUUACUUAUGUUGAUGCUCGUGAGCUUGAGAAGAAACUAGAAGAGGGUACGCUGGAUGAAGACAUGGAGAUGAUUGCAGCGAAUUGAUGUCCUGAUUUUAGUGGUAAAAGCUUGCGCGUUAGAUUUAAGUGGAUAUUUUGAUAAGCCUGUUAAAAAUACAUCUUGUAGUUUUUUUUUUCAUUAAUUGUAACAACUUAAUUAUAGACAAUAGAGUAUGUUCCAGUAAAAA